AAAUAAUAUGGUGACUGGCUUUAUAAGCCUAGCGGUAAAUAUUGCGCUCUGGAUUUGGAAAAAACCGAGACUCAGAAUAGACUGUACUUUUACUCUUUUUCUUAAUAGAUAAAAUACUGCUCCGAUUAUCGGAACAUCGAGAGGAACCAUAUGAUGUAAGACUUGAAAACACCCAUCUCUCUGAAUGGCAUCGUUUGAGAAUCGAAGGCCGGUGUCAUCGAACUCAGGAUGUGUCCAGAAGCAGUCGUUGAAGCGUGUUGAGCAUUCCGUCGUGAAAUUCACAAAGGUCAUUGUGCCAGCAGAUUUAGACCGCUUAAAUCAACACAAAGUGAACAUUGAUAAGUAUCGGCAGCAACUGGAAUGGGACAAACUCAACAAUGAACAGAUAAAUGCAAGCAGAACUGUACAACAACUCAAGUCUAACAUUAAAGAGAUGCAGAAGCUCCGCAAUCAGAUAUGCGAGGCAGACGUGGAAGAAUUUGACAUGCGUGUACAGCCCACGCAAAUUCAAGCCAUCGAGGCUGUUAUAAAUUUCAUGGGUGAAAAUGAAGAGGUAGAAUCUAUAUUUGGUGAAAGUAGCCAUGAUGAUUUAGGAAUUUUUGGUCAGGCAGAUAGCAGCACAAAACUAGCAGCAGGAAGUCAAGAGAAUCUAGGUGAUUAUGAGAAUAGUGUAGCAGAGACAGGAUUCACAACACAGACGCAGGAGGAAGAGGAGGGCAGCAGAGCCUCAAAGGAAUCAUGGAGGCACUUACAACAAGGCCUCAUCGAGCUCAACUCAAUAAUUCAAGACUUUGCUUUAUUAAUUAAGGGUCAGAAAGAACCUGUUUCAAGCAUUGAGGACCACAUUGAUAGUGCUCAAGCCAAUGUUCAAAAAGGGACCAUGCAUCUGUUAAAGGCAACCAGACUUAAAACGGCUUUAUUUCCAGUUACUGGGGCCGUUGUUGGCGGGUUGGUUGGUGGACCCAUCGGAUUAUAUGCUGGCAUGAAAAUUGGUCUGCUUGCAACCGGUGGUGGCGUUAUUGUUGGUUAUGCAGGUGGGCGUGUUUUGAAGACAUCUAUCAACAAAAGCAAUGACAUCCCAUUGGUGGAGAUGUCCGAGAAACAGGCGCUUAGUGCUUCAGAUUUAGAUUAACUCCUAAAUCUUUUGAAAUUAAUUUUUAUGGGUAGCAAUUACCCUGUUUAUUAUGACGAGAACUGCAGAAUGCAGUACAUUGGGACUGGUGGAUAACCAGGGGUCACUAGCCUUGGAAUGAAAAUUGGAAUGGCCUCCACACUCCCGCAAGCAAGAAUCUCCCAGAAAUUCACAACAUUGGAUGUUUUUACUACUUUUUUAUCAAUUGUCUCACCAUGCACCGAUCAGAAAAAUGUAAUUAGGGUAUUUAACCAGUGACUUCUUCUAACUUUUGACCACUGUUGAACUAUCAGAUCACAGGCAUUCCAUAAUUCUAUGCCUGUGACAUACAGGCUGUAGAUCGUCAUCUUUUGGAAAGAAUUGUAGCUGUUAUCCCUGUAAAGCAUGACUAUAUGCACAUACAAUAAUGUAUUCAAAGAGAGUUGGGAAUUGUCUCUGAAUGUACUGCCCAAUUCAUCGCCAUGGAGGGAGCUGCAUUGCGGCUGUUGUGGAUCCAUAGGGGCCCAGCCCGAGUUUCCCAAUUACAGUACACAACUAGGACCAAUGGUUAACUUACUUUUCUUUAAAUAUGGUUAUAUAUAGGUGGUUGUUCACAAUCAACAUUUUCAAUAGCACAUAACAGGGUGUUACUAUCAUACAUCUUGAACAGUGGCAGGGACCCAGGGAAGGACUUUCACAGAUAGGGGUCUGCACCACCUCAGCCCCACCGGGGUUGGGACUGAGGCAAGAAAAUUUAUGAUUAGGGCCCUGCGCCUAGAUGGCUGGAAAUGGCACUCUUAAAUUUGAAUGCAAUUUUCUUUAUUUCUUAAUUUUUUAUUAAAUAAUUUUGUCAAAUUUGGGUGGGGCCCCCUAGGCUGGCUGGAUCCCCUUUGAAAUCGCCACUGAUGAAAAUGUUGAUUGAAAUUACUCCACAUUUAUCAAAUUAUUUUCAUAGCUGCUGAAAUUCAUUACAUAGUAAAUGAUUCAGUAUGGUUUCAUGUACAAUUUCAGUGGAGAAUGGUAAUACAGUAUAAAUGUAUUCCCACUCUUUUUUUUGUCCUAAAUAUGUUGAUGCUGUAAUUAUGAAUGCCUCAUAAAGAUGUAUCCCAUCUGAUUACAGUUGGUUUGUAGUUAAAAGUGAAUACUACUGUAUAUGUAGUUUUUAAAUGCUUCAAUCUCAAUUCAUAACAAAAUGUGCAAGUUUUUGUGAAUAUUAAAUUUUAGAUAGAUAUGUUGUUUUUUUUGCAAUAUUUCUUUUUGUGAAUUAAAAAAUGCCUAUAGCUUCCAUUGCAGCAUUUAUGGCCAAAUAUUUAAUUUAAAAAAUGCUUCCUACACCCACAAACAUGAAGUAUUUAAAACAAGUAGUUCAAUUUGUCAACCUUACUGUCAAAUUGACCUUUGAAAAACAUGAUUUUAUGUCUAGGAAUGCUAUUUUCAAGUUGCCACACACUUAUCUUUUUCUUUAUUAAACUCUGCUUCAACCACAGUAUGACUGAGGUGUGUGUGUGGCCCACUCUCUGGAAAUUGUAAUGCACCCUUGAUCAAUAACUUAGCUACAGGCCAAGUUAUUGGGUGGUAGUACUGUAUAUAUUUGUAAUAUUUAUGAAAUGUUGGGAGAAUUUUUUAAUUAAAGAUGUGAUUGAUAGCACUAAAA